UAAAUUUGUCUCAUAGUGUAAAUAUAAUCAGGAUACUUACCUCUUAGUAUACUUUAUUUCAAAAUAUACAUGCUGCAUAAGGCAGGCUUGUAGAGCAGAAGUAAAUACUUUGAAAAUAUAAACUUCCUUUGGUUUCAUGACAGCAGUAGUGCCAUUACUUUUUACAUGAAAGCCACCAGUCUCUUCAGUCAAUGUCAAAAGAACUUCAGCAAAAUGCACCCAACCAUCUCAAGGCAUUGCUGUUUGUGUAGAAAUUAACAAUUUCUGUUUUAGGAUGUGGAGACUGAGACAUAGAAAUGUAGAAAGGCACACAGCAAAUAAAAUGGCAAUUGAGGAAGGAAAAAAAAACAGAUGCCCCAACCUUUUCCUCUCAGAAUCAGAAGAUCCACACUCCUUGGAAGCACAUAUAUGCCCACAGACUUCAAGCUGACUUUUUUGCUUUCAGCCUCUGUGUAACCUCAGAUGAUCCAAUUGUUUUGAUUCUGUCAUCCCAGGAUCCAAGAAGUAAUCCUUCGUAGUCUCCCUUCUUUACCAUGACAAGCCUCCCUUUUUUUUUUUUUAAAUCUCUAGUAGAUUUUAGACUGAAUACACAUGAAGCAACAGUCUGAGCUGCAUUCACUACAUAUUACUAGCAGAUUGUAAUCAUAUGAAUAUGUGUGUACCAGUAUGUAUUGAAUAGGUGAUGAUAAUAUCUGUGGCAAUUCCUUUCUCCUCUUAGACAUUUUGGCUUUUAUAUCAGUUCAGUUUGUAACUACAUCUGUUAGUCAAUCAUAAUAUAAAUCAAGGAAAAAUUAAAAGAUUCAGCUGAUAGGAAAUGAAAAAUUUAUAUCUUGGUGAGAUUUAUGGUGAGAAAAGACAACCACCCAUAAGCAUUGGAUGCAUUCUGACGCUCAAUGAUUAUUUUAGAUUUCUAUUUGUUUGGCUAGUUUUGCUAUUUUUUUUCUUUUUUAGGGUAAGCUUCUCAAGAGUCAGGAAUUACUUUAUAUUUAUAGAAGUCAAUGAAUGGUUUACCGUGCACUUUAGAUUAAACAGACCAGUACUCCACAUUGUGAAAAUCUCACCCCUAAAUAAAGCCAGGUUCAUAUGAAAAAAAAAAACUGAACUAGUAAAAAAACAAAAAAACCUGACAACAACUGAAUAACUGAUACACACCUUUGCUUUUAUUUCCCUGAAUAAGCUACAAAAAGUCAAUGAAGAGAAGCAGGAAUUAUUUCAUACCCAGUGAGAGCUGAUGCUUUCCAGCACACUAGCCUUAUUUAAAAACUGCCUGGAUUUUAAUAGUCUUGCAGCCCACCUCAUCUGCAUACCCAGAGGAUUUUCCUCUGGUCUUUUGAAGUCCACAAAGUUGUUGGGAAUACUAGACAAGAACACUCUUUCUGCUUGCUUAUGCAAUUCCUAACUGGUAACAAAAAGAAAUAAAAGCUAAUUCUGUGAGGUUUUUCUGGGAGAGGAAGGUUGAUGAGGGAAGCACUUGACUUCUGAGAUCAGAAAUUGCAGACUAAUUACCCAGUGGUGUAACAAGUUUUGGGCUGCUCAGUUGCUCUCUCUGGAUAAGGGCAACUCUCCAGGACAGCAUUCUCCAGUUCUUGUGUUGUUUAGUUGCCACAUGUGCCCAAGCCCUGAUUAUGCAGUGGAGUUAGUUAUGGUAACUGAGAUUUAUGCUGAUUUUACUGGAUUUCUGUUGUUCAAAGUGGCUGUCGUUUCCUCUGGCGCUCAGAAUCUCAAUGGUUCAUUAGGUGGUAGAGAGGGGAAAUGCACUGGUGGUGUUCAUGACAAAUUUGUAAACUGACCACUUCUAUUAUGGCCACACUGGAGUCUGGAUUUUCUAAUAACUGUAUCAAAAGAAGUCAUAAGAUGAGGAGAUCUGGUUACCAACUGGUCUUUAAGAAUAAGAAAUAGGCAUUUGUAUUCUUUGUCCCUGAGCUGUAAAUCAGGAGGGACAAUCCUCACUUUGAAUGUCAUGCUUAUUCUCAGCAUGAUGUGUAUGGUGAAGGAGGCAUUGAAAGAAAGCAUUAAGGCUAGGAUAACAUCAAAGAAAAUGCCUCCGUUUUUAUUCUCCAUUCUAUAGUGGAUAAAUUAAAACAGAAUGAAAUACCAGAAAACUUGAAAAUAAAGGCAAAUGUGUGUGUGUGUGGACUAUGACAGUUUAUUCUGAAAAUCUAAAUUCUUCCUCCUUCCAAGACAUUGUUCUAGUGGCAUAAUUCUCUAACAACCUAAUCCUCUACUUUGUUUUCUUUGAUGUGUCUCCUCAAAUUCACUGGCCAGCCUAUAUGGUGGCUUUGAGAUUUUUGAUGUCCUCUUGCUUGGUUGGCUUUCAGAGCUACACCAGGUAACUCUGCCGAUCUUACAUUGUGUUUGGAACAGGAUGUAAGGGGAUGUCACUUUAUUGCACCAACAGUCUCAGCAGGCAUUGAAAUAAAAAGUUCAAACACACCCCCACUCACAACACGUGGUGGUGACUAUAGAGGAAUGGGAAGUAGGACCUUUUCAGGAAGAAGGAGUCUUAAGUAGACAGCCUCAGUCUGCACUCUCCUUUGAAUUAGAAAUCACAUGGCAUGGUAGCCUUUUUAUAUUUAAAAAUAUAAAGUGUCUAGUCCCUUUCCCCCCCACCCCGAUGGCUUUGUGCUUUAUUUUAUUUUAUGAUAAUUACACCCUGUAUGGCAGUAUCCUUCUAGCAGGCAAACAUUGCUCUAGAAUACAGUCCCAAGUUCCACCAAAGCCUUCCCACAGUCCAGACAGGGCUGCCUCCUGCCUCAGGACACACCAAGGCAGUCACCACAGUGAAUUCCAUUCAGCUGGAACUAAGAGACACUUUUAAUAUUCAACAAAAAUAAAUCCAGAGAGAAGCUAAAUGAGUUCUCUAGUAGAAGUUGAGGUGUGAGAGAAUAUGUUGAGAAAAUGUGUGCAUGGAAGGGCUGUAAGAGUCAAAUCCUACGUGUGUAACGUAGGAGCCAAUUGUAAUCAACAGUUUGCUUCUCACAUGUUCAGUGAGGAAGAAUUUAAUUGUUUUCCCAGCUUUAUGAGGGAAGGAGCCUGGUGAUGCAUUUCCCCCAGGUAUUCUGCCACGAGGGGUUUCCCAUGUGUUAUGUGGCAAGGAGGGCUGAAGCAGGCAUUGUGCCACUGAAUUCCUCUCUGUCUUGGCAGUGGUUGGCAGUUUUCCUCAACUUUGCGAGAGAGAGGGAGAUUGUGUUGGAAUGAAACCUUGCUCUGCGUACAGCCUGCUUGAGAUGCAGCAUUGAAAGAUCACUAACAAUCAGUUUGUGGCCUUUCUCUGGAGGAGCCUUUCCUUAUCUCUUGUACACAGCCUCUCUCUGUUCCCUGCCCCAAUGAACGUCUGCACUAGGUCCAAGGCUUGGAGUAAUUUACCUGAAGAGUGAUACCGUUUGGAAACCACUGAAGAAACCCAAGACAGCUGAAAACCAGAAGGCGUCUGAGGAGAAUGAGAUUACUCAGACGGGUGCAUGCAGCGCCAAGCCGGGCCUUCCCUGCCUGAACCUUGAAGCUGUUCCUUCUCUGAGCCCGGCCCUCAUCCACUCUCCACAUUCACCAACAAACCUGCACACACACACAGGGUCAUCUGAUUGUAACAUCAGUUGCAAGGGGAUGACAGAGCGCAUUCAUAGCAUCAACCUUCACAACUUCAGCAAUUCUGUGCUCGAGACCCUCAACGAGCAGCGCAACCGUGGCCACUUCUGUGACGUGACGGUCCGCAUCCACGGGAGCAUGCUGCGCGCCCACCGCUGCGUGCUGGCAGCUGGCAGCCCCUUCUUCCAGGACAAGCUGCUGCUGGGCUACAGUGACAUUGAGAUCCCCUCAGUGGUGUCGGUCCAGUCUGUGCAAAAGCUCAUUGACUUCAUGUACAGCGGGGUGCUGCGGGUCUCCCAGUCAGAGGCCCUCCAAAUCCUCACAGCCGCCAGCAUCCUGCAGAUCAAGACUGUGAUUGAUGAGUGCACAAGGAUUGUCUCACAAAAUGUUGGAGACGUCUACCCAGUGAUUCAGGAUUCUGGCCAAGAGACACCCAGGGGAACACCUGAAUCAGGCACCUCGGGGCAGAGCACCGACACAGAGUCUGGCUACCUGCAGAGCCAUCCACAGCACAGUGUGGACAGGAUCUAUUCAGCCCUCUAUGCCUGUUCCAUGCAAAAUGGCAGUGGGGAGCGCUCCUUUUACAGUGGAGCUGUGGUCAGCCACCAUGAGACAGCCCUGGGACUCCCCAGGGACCAUCACAUAGAAGACCCCAGCUGGAUUACCCGGAUCCAUGAACGGUCGCAGCAGAUGGAGCGGUACCUCUCCACCACUCCAGAGACCACACACUGCCGGAAGCAGCCACGCCCUGUCCGAAUUCAAACUCUGAUGGGCAACAUCCAUAUUAAACAGGAGAUGGAGGAUGACUAUGACUACUACGGGCAACAGAGGGUGCAGAUCCUUGAGCGCAACGAGUCUGAGGAAUGCACUGAGGACACUGACCAAGCAGAAGGCACUGAGAGCGAGCCCAAAGGGGAGAGUUUUGACUCAGGUGUCAGUUCCUCCAUUGGCACUGAGCCUGAUUCCAUGGAGCAGCAGUUCAUGGCUGGUCUGGGCCGGGAUGGGCAGCAAGAACCUACUCAAGCAGAUCAAAAUGAUGUCCCUGCUGAUGGCACUCAGCCGCAGCAGCAGCAGCAGCAACAUGUAGAUGCCAACUCAUCCUCACCAGAGAGAAGCAAUGACGUUGAAAUGGACAGCAAAGUGCUCACAGUCAAUAACAGCACCGAAAAGGGGGCUUUGCAACCUUCUGUCAACACAUCUGUUGCCCAACCAUUGCCAACCACACAGAUCUACUUACGCCAGACAGAAACCCUCACCAGCAAUCUGAGAAUGCCACUGACUCUGACCAGCAACACUCAGGUCAUUGGCACAGCUGGCAACACCUACCUGCCUGCCCUUUUCACCACACAGUCUGCUGGCAGUGGCCCUAAGCCUUUUCUCUUCAGCCUGCCCCAGCCUUUAGCUGGCCAACAGACACAGUUUGUGACAGUGUCCCAGCCCGGCCUGUCAACCUUUACUGCCCAGCUGCCAGCCCCACAGCCCUUGGCCCCAUCUGCGGGCCACAGCACAGCGGGUGGGCAAGGUGAAAAAAAGCCUUAUGAGUGCACUCUCUGUAACAAGACUUUCACCGCCAAACAGAACUACGUCAAGCACAUGUUUGUACACACAGGUGAGAAACCACACCAAUGCAGCAUCUGUUGGCGCUCCUUCUCUCUAAAGGAUUACCUAAUCAAACACAUGGUGACACACACUGGUGUGAGGGCCUACCAGUGCAGUAUCUGCAACAAGCGCUUCACGCAGAAGAGCUCCCUUAAUGUGCACAUGCGUCUCCACCGCGGGGAGAAGUCCUACGAGUGCUACAUCUGCAAGAAGAAGUUCUCCCACAAGACCCUGCUGGAGAGGCAUGUGGCUCUGCACAGUGCCACCAACGGCACGCCUGGAGCCACCGGCACCGGCACGAGGGCUGUCCCUGCCGGCGUGGUGGCCUGCACGGAGGGGACCACGUACGUCUGCUCUGUCUGUCCAGCUAAGUUUGACCAAAUAGAGCAUUUCAACGACCACAUGAGGAUGCAUGUGUCAGACGGAUAAGUAGAAUCUCUCUCUCUCUCUUUGUUAUGAACAACAAAAAUAGAAACAACAAAAAAAGCUAUGGCACUAGAAUUUAAGAAAUUAUUUUUGUUUCAUUUUUACCUUUAUUUUCCUCCUUUUUUUGGGUUCAUUUCGUUUUGUUGGUUUUUGUACUACAUGAAGAACUGUUUUUUGCCUGCUGGUACAUUACAUUUCCGGAGACUGGGUGAAUAAUAAUUUUCCCAGUCUCCCUCGGAUGGUGGCCUUAAGGCCAGGUAGUGCUUCAUGAGCUCCACUGGUUGGAUCUCUAGCUACUGGCCUCUAAAUACAACCCUUCUUUACUACAAAAAGCAAA